AUGUGGCCAAUGAACGCGGCGAGAGCCUGCUUCUCUGUGCAGCCAGCUGUUUUUGGUAGCUUCGGCCAGGUAGAAGUCGCGCGUUUGCUGCUGGAGGCUGGUGGCGACAAGAAGGCUGUUUGCAAGGAGGGCUGCACUGCCCUGAUGAUGGCAGCUUUGAGCGGAAGCACUGAGGUCGUGCAACUGUUGGUUGAGGCCAGUGCCGAAAAGGACAUGGCCGAGACUCAUGCGGCCAUGAUGCUUGCGGCUUUCGGGGGCCAUGUUCCAGUCUUGCGCUUCCUGCUGGAGGCCGGUGCCGACAAGGACGUGGCCGACAGUAGCGGGGUAACAGCACUGAUGAGCGCAGCUCGAAAAGGCCAUGCUGACGUCGUACGAUUGCUGAUGGAGGCCGGCGCACGGGAGGACACGGUCGACGUUUUCGGCAACACUGCCCUCAUGGUCGCAGUCCGAAAAGGCCAUGAUAAGGUCUUGCGCUUGCUGGUGGCGUCCGGAGCCGUCAAGGACGUGGCUGACAACCACGUCGCACAGCCUUGUUUCUCGCAGCUGCCAAGGGACAUGUUGAAGUCGCACGCUUGCUGGUGGAGGCCGGUGCCAGCAAGGACUUGGCCGACAAGCCCAACGGACGCACAGCCUUGA